AUGUCUUGGUUUGACACUUUGAUUCGGUGGGGUAAACAAAAUUCAACUGAUCAUGAGCAUGAACAGACAAUUAACCAUGACAAUGUAAGUGAACUCUAUGUCGCAUGUUUUGAAGGAGAUCUUGAUCGUGCUCAUCAAUAUUUAUUAAAAACUCCAUUUGCAGAGGUAAAUCGUCGAGAAUGUAAUGGUAGUACUGCUUUAAAUGCAGCUGUUCAAUGUGGUCAUAUUGAAAUGAUUGAUCUUCUUUUAAAUAAAUAUGGCGUUAUUAGACAUUUAUGUGACAAUCAAGGUCGAACUGCUUAUGAUUUAGCAAAAAGUAACGAAAUUCGACGAUUAUUUCAACGACCAACAUCGAAUGGCAAUCGAUUUUGUGAAAAGCCUGAUUCAUUGGAAAUGUUUAGCGGUUCUCAAAAAAAUAAUAAAGAAAAAGCAACAUUUAAACGGGUAGAAACCUAUGGCAAUUUACUUUAUGGUCGAUCAUUCACAGGAACGACUUAUCGAGGUUUAGGAAUGACAUCACAUGAUUUACAAAUUUAUCAUUGGGCACGAGAAAAUCCGGAUCGAUAUUUACAAUUGAAUACAUUUUGUUCUUCUACAUUCGAUGAACCUUUAGCAAAGAUGUAUGCAGAUGCCAAUGCCAAUGAGCAACAAAAACAAGUUUUAAUUAUUUUCAAUUUUUUAAGACCAAGUGUCAAUGCUAUUUGUUUGUAUCAAAUUUCAAACCAAUUACAUUCUUAUUCAGAUUUUCAAGAUAAGCAAGAAGUUCUUAUUGUGUCUGGGAUAGCUUUUUCUGUGACAAAUAUUGAACAAACUUCAUCUUUAAUAACGAUUUCGAUGACACAUUUGAAUUUAAUUGAAAAGAUGGCAGAAUUUGAAGAAAUUUUAAUUGAUGAACAGUUGUCAUCCUAUUGA